AUGCUUGAUCACCAAAAAUUCGAGAAGCUCAAAUUAAACGACAAACCAGCGACCUCCAAACCAGUUCGCCGUCGACAACGGCAGACUCUUUCUUGUCUUCCCUGUCGCCGGCUCAAGGUAAAAUGUGACCGUAGCCAUCCUUGUCGCCAUUGUGUAUGGAGUGACAGAGCCGCAAGCUGCCACUAUGCACCGUUUCCUGCCGCACAGCCGAACGGUGUAACGUCGUCCGACGAAGACCAGACUGGCAAAUCAAGUGAAUCGCCUCAAGUGCCAGUUGACAAAACUAAGCCUGCACUUUUGUUGCCCAAGACUGAAACAGACCUUUCUGUAUUUUCUGCAUCGUCACCAGCCACGACAACGACGUCAUCUAAGAGUGAAGAGUCUAUAAAAUCAGUUCAUGAUCCGUAUAAUAGCUGGAAUUCCAAAUUCAGAGGGUCAACCCAUUGGCUCACGGUUUCCCGACAGAUUCAAUAUGGGCACAAGUCUAUGGAAACGAACCCACUAUUUCAGGUUCUGGAAGGGGUGUUCCACAAAAUUACAAAUAAUGUCCAAGCUUCCAUAUUCCCCUCUAAUUACCCAUUCGGAAGUGGGUAUCAGGAGCAGGCCCCUAGUAAGAGAGAGGUCCUUAGCUUCAUACCAGACCGCCCGACGGUCAUGUUCUUGAUCGGCAUUUAUAUGAAUACCAUAGAGAGGACUCAUCCGAUGCUUCAUCCGCCAACUUUUUACGAGGAACUAAACAAAUUCUGGGAGGAUCCGGCAGCGGUAGAGGAUGACUGGUUGGCGCAGUUGCUCGUUAUGUUAGGGCUAAGCCAUCACAUGUCGCGAGGUGUCAACAUAACUCCGGAUGAGGAGACAACGUUGAGACAGUACUUUCGUGGCGCGGAAACAUGCCUGAAGAGCACAAUCUUUCUGAUAGCGCCGAAUCUCUUGUCGUUGCGAACACUGUGUAUGAUGGUGUUGGCCAGGCGCAUUCUUGGUUCCAGUUGUCUUGAGCUUGAUGCAUGCGGCCCUCUUAUGGCCAUUGUUCUGAGAAUGGCUAUUGGCAUUGGCCUUAAUGUGGACCCUCAACAUGACAUCAGCGACAGCACGACACUGUUUGACAGAGAAAUACGCAGAAAGCUGUGGACGACCAUGGCCUUGAUGGGAACGAGCAUCUCGGUUUUGACUGGAACACCAUUUGUGCUUCGAUCAUCGGAUAUCAACACCCAGCCGCCCAUGAACCUAAAUGAUACAGAAUUGAGUCCGUCGCUUCAAGGCUAUCCCAUCGUACGACCACCAGAAGAGUUCACAGAUUCUACUUUUUCGAUCAUUGUCGCACAGUCAUUUCAUCUAGCUUGUGACACAGUAGCUCAUGCAAACUCGCCAUCUACACACCUUUCGUACGAAGAUGUUCUCAUAUACAGCGUCAAAAUCAAGAACUUGCUCUUGGAAACAUCUCAAUUCUACCACCCCUCUGACUCACCACCGCUGGAAGACUGGAAGCAAGAUCAAUUAUUCAUGCUGCAGAUAUACUUACGGCGUCUUCUACUUGCGCUUCACUCUGUCUACGGGCUACGACCAAACGCUGAUACCGAGUAUCCAAUAUCGUAUUGGUCUACAUUAGAAUCCGCACUGGCUCUCCUCGUUUUCCAGAGACAGCUUUCAGAAUGUCCAAAUAGUCCCGAAGGCCGGGCCUGGCUAGGCGAAUAUUACAAACACGACUUUUACGCCGCAACAUUAACAAUCUGUCUGAUAGUGACCCGGAACGAUGCUAUAGCUAUGGACAUGAACUCCAACGGGUCAUCGCAGACCAACAUAGAAAUUCCACAACGAGAAACCAUUCUUCAGACUUUGCUUGUUUGCCGCGAAAUCUGGGCCCGUCGAAUCUGCCAAACAUACUGCCAUUUCUUGUCUUAUAUGAAUCUUGGCACCAUCCUUGGAAGUAUGGCAAAGUCUUCGCGACAGUCUUCGGACGCUGAAGAAUUGUCCUUGUGGGAAUUGCGCGACCGAUGCGACUAG